GGCCGGGGGAGGCGAGCGCGGCGCGGAGCCGCAUCCUGCGGAGGGGCGGGAGCAGCCGGGCUGGCCCCGCGCCAUGCAGAGGAGGAGCAGCAAAUCCCCGGAGCACAUUAAAAAGCGAGGCUGAGCGGCAGCCGGGGAAGGAAGAAAACACCUCCAUAGAAGGCAGCGGAGGAGCGGCCGCAGCAGCGCCCGCAACGCCGCGCAGGGGCCGCGGCUGCCGGACCCAAACUUUCCGGCGGCGGCUCGGCCGGGCUCGGCGGUGGAUGCGGCUUUCUCGGCCGGGUCGCUGAGCCUGCAGCCCCGCCGCAAGAUGCCCGCCGCGCUGCCCAGCCUGCUGGCCUGGCUGGCGGUGCUGCUGCUCGGCAGGGCCCGCCCGGCCGACGCCUGCAGCUGCUCGCCCAUCCACCCGCAACAGGCCUUCUGCAACGCGGACGUAGUGAUCCGAGCAAAGGCCGUCUCUGCGAAAGAGGUGGAUUCGGGGAACGAUAUAUACGGGAAUCCGAUCAAACGAAUCCAGUAUGAAAUCAAGCAGAUCAAGAUGUUUAAGGGCCCUGACAAGGACAUAGAGUUCAUCUACACGGCUCCGUCCACCGCCGUGUGCGGCCGGCUGCUGGACACCGGCGGGAAGAAGGAGUAUCUCAUCGCAGGCAAGUCAGAGGGCAACGGCAAGAUGCACAUCACGCUCUGCGACUUGGUGUCCACCUGGGACUCGCUGAGCCCGACCCAGAAGAAGAGCCUAAACCAGCGGUACCAGAUGGGCUGCGAGUGCAAGAUCUCGCGCUGCCUCUCCAUCCCCUGCUUCGUCUCCUCCUCGGAUGAGUGUCUCUGGACAGACUGGGCGAUGGAGAAGAACAACGUGGACGGGCGGCAGGCGAAGCACUAUGCUUGCAUCAAGAGGAGCGAUGGCUCAUGCGCCUGGUACCGCGGCAUGGCCCCCCCCAAGCAAGAGUUUCUCGACAUCGAGGACCCCUAAGCCAAACGAGCGCAUUCCAGUAGCCAGUAGAAAAAAAAACCUGCGAGAUGUUA